ACGUCUUCAGCCUGAGAACACGCACCUCCGCUGGACACAGCGCCUACAGCCCCAAAUACGAGUAUGAGACCACGGACGACACGUCGGACAUGGCGUCAGACCAGGGUCAGGUGUUGGUGAUCGUCACGGCAGCCGUGGGAGGCUUCACUCUCCUCAUCAUCCUCACCCUCUUCUUCCUCAUCACCGGACGGUGUCAGUGGUACAUCAAAUCCAAGAUGAGCUCAGACGACAAAAGGAGGACCAACUAUCAGAACGGACAUGCCCUCCCGUACCCAGGGGUAAAGACCUAUGUAGAUCCGGACACCUAUGAGGAUCCUACUCAGGCUGUCCAUGAGUUUGCCAAAGAGAUUGACCCAACCCGGAUCCGCAUAGAAAGAGUCAUCGGAGCAGGUGAGUUCGGGGAGGUGUGUAGCGGUCGUCUGCGGACACUGGGGAAGAGGGAAAUCGCUGUGGCGAUAAAGACGCUGAAAGGCGGCUACGUGGAGCGCCAGAGGCGGGACUUCCUCCGAGAGGCCAGCAUCAUGGGACAGUUCGAUGACCCCAACAUCAUUAGGCUGGAGGGCGUGGUCACCAGAAGCAGGCCUGUGAUGAUUGUGGUGGAGUACAUGGAAAAUGGAUCUCUGGACUCUUUCCUGAGGAAGCACGACGGUCACUUCACAGUGAUCCAGUUGGUGGGCAUGCUGCGUGGCAUCGCGUCGGGCGUGAGGUACCUGUCUGACAUGGGUUACGUCCACAGGGACCUGGCCGCUCGUAAUAUCCUGGUGAACAGCAACCUGGUGUGUAAGGUGUCUGACUUCGGCCUGUCCAGAGUCCUGGAGGACGACCCCGAGGCAGCUUACACCACCACGGGAGGUAAGAUCCCCAUCAGGUGGACAGCUCCAGAGGCCAUCUCCUACAGGAAGUUCUCAUCAGCCAGCGAUGCCUGGAGCUACGGUAUCGUCAUGUGGGAAGUGAUGUCCUACGGGGAGCGGCCUUACUGGGAGAUGUCCAAUCAGGAUGUGAUCUUGUCCAUAGAGGAGGGCUACCGUCUCCCUGCUCCUAUGGGCUGCCCCGUGGUUCUACACCAGCUGAUGCUGCACUGCUGGCAGAAGGAGAGGAGCCAGAGGCCCAAGUUCACUGAUGUGGUGUCCUUCCUGGACAAGCUGAUCAGGAACCCCAGCAGCCUGCUGGCCCUGGUGGAAGAUAUACAGGGUCUAGCAGAGUCCCCAGGAGAGGUGGCGGACUACCACAUGUUCAUCUCCAUCGGGGAUUGGUUGGAUUCCAUCAAGAUGAGCCAAUACAAGAGUAGCUUUGUGGCAGCAGGUUUCAGCACCCUGGACUCUGUGGCACAGAUGAGUAUUGAAGAUGUGCGGAGGAUCGGGGUGGUGUUGAUUGGCCACCAGAGGAGGAUCGUCAGCAGCAUUCAGACCCUCCGACUGCAGCUAUUACACGAGAAUGGCUUCCAUGUAUGAGACCUUAAAACAGACGGACAGAGAGAGAGACAGACAGACAGACAGCCACAGCCUGUGCCUCGUACAGACGGACCAUCUCAGCCCGGAGGCCUCUCAUACUCAGACUACCACACACUUGGACCUUGAUGCAGAAACUCCAUAAAGCCAGACUGUUUUGUACACCUGAACCUGCUUCAGCCAGAGACAGACCAAUACAGACAGGGACAGGACUCUGAGAGACACACUGUACUGGCUGCCCCUGGGGAAUGUAUGCCUUGUUGCAGCAUCACUACUUAUUAUACGGUAGAGCUGUAGAUGUGAUCUACUACAUGUUUUUGUGACCAUGAUGUAGCUGCUAACAGACGAGCAAUCAAAAGGAUUGUCCUUAAUUAAUAUGAUAUGAAUUAUUUUUGAGUUUGAUAAGUACGCGUAAUCAUAAGGUAUUCUCGUUCCGUUUUUGAACCUCUCCUGAGUAUCUGGGUAUGCUAAUACUUGAAGAAGACGAAGAGUCCGCUUUGGAAGUGCGGAGUAUUUCUGAAUGUUUUAAGUGUAUAGAAUAAUUUAUCCAUUAUAAUCCUAAAAUAAUAUUUAUACCUGUGCAGUCUUGUAUGUGAGCGCCCUAGUAAAUCUGGAUACUAUCUUUAUUUAUUUAGCAUUUUAUCUAAAUGAGCAAUAUAUGCAGUCGUCUCAGUAACUACGAUAAGAGAAAUAAAUAAAUGAUCGUCUCUUAUGGACCUAUAGACAUUGAGAGCAGAUUGUUAGCAAACCUCAACAGACUCUGUUACACGCUAACAUGCUAGCUCUACAGGCCAAUUGUGCAAUGCUAAAGACUUAUGACAGCCGUUGGAAAACAAUGUAUAUAGUAGGAAUGGAAACCAAGGCUGUUUGGCAUACAGGGGUUGGUGUCAUGAUAUGUGUUUGCUGUCAAGACUCACAUGUAUGCAGAUAGAUAUAGAUAGAGACAGAUAGAGGUAUGUUCUGCUCGGUGACAGACACACAGAGAGACAGCAGCACCAAAGUCACAUAUAUAUACAACAUCUCUUUGUCUCUAUAUGGCUCUCAACAGCAUUGUAAUAUCCCAUAAACCUCUCCAGAUCCACAGGUAGCAUAGGUGAACCACCCCAAACUCUGUCUGAAACCUGAAGUCUUUCAUUAGCUCCCCGAAGCAAAUGCUUAGGCUUUAACUCAGCAGGCUAACACAGUCUUGUGGAGCACAGACGACUUGGGUUCAACCCCAGUCGGUCACACACACACCUACAGUAUACAGUAUGUUCAGGAGCAGCAGUGUACCUUAGGAGCCUGUACGGAGUAGAAGGAAGGUGCCCCUGGAAACUGAACGAAGGUCAGUUUACAAUUUUACCCACUAAUAGUUGAGGUAAGGAUGGAGGUAGGCUAUGCUGAUCCUAGAUCUGUGUUUUGAGGCAACUUCUACCGGGCUGGAGCUCACCUUUCCAGCAGGUGUUCACAGACAGACCUCUGAGGGAGGAUACACUUGGUUCCUCCUGGAAGGAGAAACCAGAUCAGGCUGUUUAGCAUGUCUUACUGCUGAGCAAAGGGAAUGCUCUUUUGUACAAAGUACAAGUAUACUUAUAAUUCUAGUAUUUUAUUUUUCUAUCAUUUUCAAAGAGACGUGGUAGAUCUUGCACACUGUAAGAGGCAGUUUAAAAAUGAUAUUUAUUUGCAAAUAAAG